AUGUCUUCAAAGAUUGUUCAAGAUGCAGUUCAUGGUGUAAUAGAGCUGGAGCCACUAGCUGUUCAGUUGAUUGAUUCUCCUGAAUUUCAGCGUCUUCGAGAAAUAAAGCAAUUAGGUAUUGCUUGUUUUGUUUUUCCAAGUUGUCAACAUUCGCGAUUCGAACAUUCAAUCGGUACUUAUCAUAUGGCCAAAAAGUUGCUUGAGACUAUUCACAAUGAUAAAAAUUACUCGGGUCCAACUUUGAGCUCCUCAGAACAGUUAGCCAUUAGAAUUGCUGCCUUAUGCCAUGAUUUAGGUCAUGGACCUUUUUCUCAUUUAUGGGAAGAGUUCGUUAAAAGGGGAGGGUCCGAAUAUAGUGAAUAUAAUCAUGAAACAAUUAGUGGGCAUGUACUUUAUCAAAUUAUUUGUUCAAAAUCUACCUUACAAAGUGAAUUAAAUAAUCUUGGUGUUGAUAUGAGUCUCAUACGCAGCCUAAUACUAGGUGAUACUAGUACUGUAUUAUCACAACAGGAUUCAGUGAAGAGUAAAUCAUUUAUUUAUGAGAUUCUCUCCAAUAGUUUAAAUGGUAUGGAUGUUGACAAAUGGGAUUAUCUACUUCGAGAUUGUCUGCAUGCUGGUUUGGGGGCUAGUGGGACUAGUGUGGAUAUUGAUAGAUUUUUAAGAUUUUACCGACCAUGUUUACAUACUGAUAAAGACAAAGGUGACGAGAAUGAAUUAAAAUGUUGGCAUUUAUCAUUCAGAGAUACAGAAUUGGAAAAUUUGCUUCGAACAUUCAGUUUACGACAGCAUCUUCAUCAAAAAGUUUAUCAACAUAAAACAGUGACAGCUAUUUCUGCUAUGAUUAUUGAUGCUCUUGAAUUAAUAGAACCUGUACUUAACCUUCGAUCUAUUAGCAUGGACGCAUUAAAAUAUCAGAAUCCAGAUAGUCUGAACGAUUUUCUUAAACUUCAUGAUUCACUUUUGUGGGAUAUUUUUUAUGGACGAGGAUCAUUAUCAAAAGUCACUUCGGAAGAUUUUCUUCCUCGAAUUCGACAUGCACAAUCUCUAAUACGUCGUAUUUUAAAUCGAGAUCUUUAUACCUAUAUUGAUAGUGUAUAUGAAAUGACAUACUAUGCACCUAUUGAUGAAAAUAACAAUCACCCACAUUCUUUCAAUUCGAAAAAGUUCCCUGACUUAAUCAAUGAAGUAGCAACUGAAUCAUUAACAUUACGAUCGAUGGGGUUAGGACUAGGUCCUAGAAAAAGUUUAUGCUAUGAACCAAUUUCACCUCAUUACAGGACAUUCGGGGUGACCUCAAAUAAUAAAAGAAAACAUUCCAAAGAAUCCAUCCUUACUGAAAUAUUCAGGAGACUUCCUCAGGACUCUGGGAUCCGAGAUAUAGAUGAUCUAUUGGUAACAGAAUCUAGGUUCUCUUCAAACAGUACUCUCAAAUCUCCCAGAUUUUACUUUUAUACACGUUCAGGGAAUACUUUUACCUACAGCGAACCGUUACGUGUUAUACGAGCAUAUCGUCUUUAUUGGCGCAGGACUAAUUCUCUUUUAAAAUCUGCGAUAUCCCGUCCUGUAACAUGUUUAACGGAAGCAUUUAACCAAUGGCAUCAAGAGAUGAUUGAAGAUAGACAUGGUGGAGAAAGUGAUUAA